AUUUAUUUCUAAUAUGGCUGAAGAGUAUGAUGAAGAAUUUGGAGAGGUGCAAUAUUUAAAAAAAUAGGUAGCUUGGAUUAGUGAUUGGUGAUUUUAAUAUACCAUCAAGAGCUUCAGAUUUACCCCCAUAAUUUAAAGAACUUUUAGUUCCCAAUAAAGUCUAAUAUGUAUUUUGCACAGGAAAUGUUGGGAAUCGAGAAACCACUGAUUGGUUGAAAACAUUAUCUGGAAAUACACAUAUAGUAAAAGGUGAUUUUGAUGAAACAAAAGAAAUACCUGAAACUAAAAUCAUAUAGAUUGGUUCAUGGAAAUUAGCUUUAUUACAUGGCCAUCAAGUUACAAUACAAAUUAAUCUAUUAGAUAGUUCCUGCAGGAGAUGAUGAAACUUUAUAUACAUUUUUAAGAGAAAUGGAAGCAGAUGUGCUUGUGACAGGUCAUACAGGAAUAGCUAAGGUUUCUGCUGUAGAAAAAAAAUACAUAAUAAAUCCUGGAUCUGUAACAGGAAGUUUUAAUGGAACAUAAUCGUUAAUUAUUUUUAUUAUUAUUUAGAUCAAUACCAUCAUUUUUAAUUUUAGAAUUUAAAAAGGAAAAAAUCUAAGUUUUUAUCUACACUUUCGAUGGAGAAGUUAAAAUAGAUAAACAAGAAUUGCCAUUUUAAAAAUGAAUAAAUUAAGUUAAGU